AUGAGCGCUACUGCUACAGCCCCCCACCACGAGGGUUCCUCCACCGGCAAGGGCCGCGCUCCCGACUACCAUGACCACGCUGCUUCCGAGACCACCAACGGCAACAAUGUCGUCGGCUUCAAGCCCCAGGGCGGUAUGACCGUCCAGCCUCCCACCAAGGAGGACCUGCAGCGCAGCUACGCUACCAUCGUCGAGAACGACGCCAACCCUAAGGGCUGGUACGGAACUAUGAUCAACGCUGUUGGUUCCUGCAUCGGUACCAUGGGUGCCAUCCCCUGCUGCGUCGUCUGCCCGAACCCCUACAAGAACGUCCAACAGGGUAACGUUGGUCUUGUCACCAAGUUCGGCAAGUUCUACAAGGCCGUCGACCCCGGUCUGGUCAAGGUCAACCCUCUCAGCGAGCGCCUCAUCCAGGUCGACGUCAAGAUUCAGACCGCCGAAGUCCCUCAGCAGACCUGCAUGACCAAGGACAACGUCACUCUCCACCUCACCUCGGUCAUCUACUACCACAUCGUCGCCCCUCACCGCGCCGCCUUCGGUAUCUCCAACGUCCGCCAGGCUCUCAUGGAGCGUACCCAGACCACUCUCCGCCACGUCGUUGGUGCCCGCAUCUUGCAGGACGUUAUCGAGCGCCGAGAGGAGAUGGCCCAGUCCGUCGGCGAGAUCAUAGAAGAUGUCGCCGCCGGAUGGGGUGUUCAGGUCGAGAGCAUGCUCAUCAAGGAUAUCAUCUUCAGCCAGGAGUUGCAAGAGUCGCUCUCCAUGGCUGCCCAGAGCAAGCGUAUCGGUGAGAGCAAGAUCAUCGCCGCCAAGGCCGAGGUCGAAUCCGCCAAGCUCAUGCGCCAGGCUGCCGACAUUCUGUCUUCUGCUCCCGCCAUGCAGAUCCGCUACCUCGAGGCCAUGCAGGCGAUGGCCAAGUCUGCCAACAGCAAGGUCAUCUUCUUGCCCGCCGCGAACCAGACCAUGCCCGACAUCCAGCAAGCGCUCGCCAAGAACCCGACUGGCGAGUCGAGCGCCCAAGGCGGCUCCAAGGACGUCAGCUACAGUGACUUUGGAGGUCAGGACUCCGGCUUCCAGCAAGCCAUCAACUCUCGUGUGAUCGAAAACAUUUGA